UAGCCGACACAGCGAAUCAUCGAAUUCAAAAAUUCAAUCUGAUUAGCAAUGGUUGUGAUUGAUACCACAUCAUACUAAACUGAUUCUUUUGUAAGAGGUAGAAUAUCAUGAACCCAUACCGAAUGAAGAAAAUAAGAUAAUGAAUAUGAAAAUAUUAUUAAGAAACAAGCAGCAGAUUCAAGAUUAGUUGAUGAAGAAGGUAUUAUUAUAUAAAAAACGUUAGAUGAUUGCGUUGCACCAUCAAGGGAAAAAAUGAGAAAUAUUCACAAGUAUCUUGAAUUAAUUAUGAUGGUGAUCUAGAUUAUGUUGAACAAGAUUUGAGCGAUUAAGUCAAAGAAGAUGAGUGAAUGGAUGACGAAGAUUGAUUGAUUGAAUGUCAUGGUUCUCAAAAAAAGAAAUCGUAGAUUUCUCUCAUUUUUAUUCUCUGUACAGUUUGUUGGUUAUGUGAAAGAGUCGACCUAUUUCAAAUAAAGUUUUCUUCGAUUAAUUUUGCCAGGAAAAAAUAAUAGAACUAGGCAUUCUUCGAAAUUCUUUCGCUCUUUAGAUGCCUAUUGAAAUAAAAGAAAAAGAAAACGACAAGAAACCAUCCAAAAACUUCACUGAUGAGGAGCUUCGCGUAUUAGUCGAAAAUGUAUCUGAUAACGCCCGGGUUUUGCUGGGCAGAUUUACUGGGUCUUGCGGCAGUCACGCCCGUAAACAACAUGCAUAGGCAAAAGUUGCUGAAGCAAUUUCGGCAGUGGGAGGUUGCGAACGGACGCCCGAGGAAAUUAAAAAAAAAUGGGGAAAUUACAGAUGAACAGUCGCCUACUACCCCACACCUUAUUUCUAACUGGCUUUGCCUUUGUUCUUUUUACAGUUCUGAUGUUAAAAAAAAAGCAGCGGAUUUGAAGCGUCAAGCAAACAAAAUAGGGGGUGGACCGGCCAGAUCAGGCCCUACUCCUCUCGAAGAGAGAGCAAGUGCUCUUCUCGGAGAAGUAAGUGUUACUGGAAUUAGUGAUGGUGUUGAUACAGAUAGUCAAUAUAAUUUACAAGAAAAUGAUUUAUUUACAACAGCACAGCUAACACAAUCGUCUUCGUCAUCUAAGUUAACGCAACCAUCAUCCUCGUCGUCCACAACAACUAGAACGCCGCAACCAUCAUUCUCAUCGUUAACAACAACUAGAACACUGCUUGGAUUAUCGAGAUUAUCGAAUGAAUUGUUGUCAAAUAAUAGUGGACUUCGACCAAAAAGACCAAUAUGUGAAAUAGAUAACGACGAAAACACUGAAUCAUCAUUUGAACAAGGUGAAGUACUUGAACCGUACGAAGACAAAGGUUAUAUUCCCAGUCUAAUGGAAGGUGAAAAGAAAAAAUUUCAAAUAGAAGAACAAGUGCUAGUGUGCCAAUAUCAACAAAAUGAAGCAUUAGGUAAAAUUGCAAAAUCAUUGACAGAUAUUGCAACUAAUUUGUAA